GGCAAGGCACUCGACUUGCAAGACUCGGUCCUCAGACAAUAUACCGAUUACGAUGCCCAUGGUACCCCUCGAAGUCCUCUCACCUCGUCUGGGGUUUGGACCAGCAAUACCUUUGGGAGAUCAGACGUUCAGACGACACUCGACCGACUCGAGGAAGACAUAGUGCCAGCUCUACCGAUCUUUGACGUCUUCUCUACCAAGACAUUCAAAGCUGUCCUGGAGAAUACCGCUGCAGUGUCGCGGCUUCGUGCAUUUGCGGAGUCUCGGGGUCGUGCCGACGACAUGGAUUUCCUCCUCCAGAUCGCCGAGUACAACCGCACCCUGGCUCUCUUGGGGCCGACUGUAUGGAGCAUAUCCUUGAAGCACACAGGCGUCGCUGCGUCGGCGCCCGUGAAACUUCCGUUGGCGGUUGCGAGAAGCCUGAAUACGGACAUGCGCGAGGUGUCGAACACACUGCUCCCAAGCCUGGAGAACCUAUUCGAUGAUGCCAGGACAUUCAUCGAGCAGAGUCUGGCUCGGGACAUUUAUCCCGAGUUUCUGAAGCACCAGCUGUCCCUCAACCUGCAGACAGUCGGCCGCGGCUACUCGCCCAACCAAGUCUGUCCUGGGUUUGGACACGCCUUCUGCCUGACCGAUCCCAACCAAGACGACAACCCUAUGGUUUUCGCUUCUGAUAACUUGGCUCAUAUCACUGGGUACAGGACUGGCGACGUCAUCUCUAAGAACUGUCGUAUUUUUCAGGGGCCCAGGACGAGGGCCAGCGGGAUCGAUCGUAUCCGCCAUGCAAUUUCUACACAGAACGAGUUCACCGACCUCGUCUUGAACUAUACUCAGGAUGGGAGGAUGUAUUGGAAUUUGCUCUUCGUAGCAAGGUUGGUUGGUCUGGACGGGGAAAUUCGUUACCACCUCGGAGGACAGAUUGAUGUCACUGAGAUGCUCGAGCGGCAGGAGGACGUCACACACUUCCUGGGCGUUGCCCCGCCUCUAUCAUCACGAGAACCCUCGCCCCUACUCCAGAAGCCGAGGGACCAACAACAAGAUUCUCGAGCCUCAUGGCGAAACGAAGCCAAGGGGGACAGACCACAGGAACGCGAGCGCGAGCGCGACGAGAGGACCAGAUACCCACCGAGUGCAUCACGCAACAAACUGCUACAGAGCUUCCGGCGGCGUUAUUCUCAGACUGGCUCCUCGGACACAGAUGGCAGCGCGAAUCUCCCUGCUUCCGAGCCCUCCUCGCCGCGCGAGGUGGUGCGAAAAUCGAGCUCAUUCUCGACACCAUCACCGUCGCCUCAUCAGGUUGUCGUGUCUCCAUACUCGAGGUUCAUGGUCUCGGAGUACAUCAAGCCAUCAGCAAGCCUGAGUCCGCCACGCGAGAAAAAGAAGAACAGGGCGCAGCUUCCGCUGACUUUCUGCUCUGCUUCUGCCCUGGAAAGCCUGGGUAUUGGUAAUCACGAGCAAGCCGGCAUCCUCGGCUCGGACAUAUUUGAGAUUCUGUCCGAAAAGACCGGAUCCAACUCUAUUACCAAAACAUUCAAAUCUACUGUCCGAGCGGGGCUUGCAGAGGGCAGAGCGGUCAAGCUGGAUCUCAGCCUCGAAGGCAGCAGCAGACCGAGCAGGCCCAGAGGACUCUCUCUCAGUCUGGAGAAGCUUGUUUCUAUAUCGAACAGCUCGGCAUCUGGUGCGAACUUUGUGAGCUACUGGACACCGCUCAAGGACAAUGCAGGAGUUGUUCGAUGGGUUGUUCUCAUUCUUUUGCCU